CAGUAACCCCGAUCUCUGUCUCUACUCUCUCCUCUUUUCUGGUUUCAGCUACGUUGGAACGUUGCUUUGCCCAAUUGUUGAGAAACAAAGAUGAAGAUCAUGGUUGCUUUAAAACGGGUUAUCGACUACGCCGUCAAGAUACGAGUGAAGCCCGACAAGAGCGGUGUUGAAACAAACAACGUUAAGAUGUCGAUGAACCCUUUCUGCGAGAUAGCUCUUGAGGAAGCCCUUCGUAUCAAAGAAUCUGGACUGGCUUCGGAGGUGAUCGCCGUCAGCAUGGGACCCGCUCAGUGUGUUGACACUCUCAGGACGGGACUUGCAAUGGGAGCUGAUAGGGCCAUCCAUGUCGAUACUUCCUCCUUACUCUAUCCUCUCUCCGUCGCCAAGCUCCUCAAAGCGCUCGUCGACGCCGAGAAACCCGGUCUCCUCAUCCUCGGUAAACAGGCGAUUGACGAUGAUUGCAAUCAAACAGGGCAAAUGGUAGCUGGGCUGCUCAAGUGGCCACAGGGUACUUUUGCUUCGAAGGUUGUACUUGACAAAGAGAAGCAGGUAGCAACAGUAGACAGGGAGGUGGAUGGAGGUCUUGAGACUUUGUGCUUAGAUUUACCGGCAGUAAUCACCACGGAUUUGAGAUUGAACCAGCCAAGAUAUGCAACACUUCCCAACAUAAUGAAAGCAAAAUCAAAGGUUAUAAAGAAGGUUACUCCUGCAGAGCUGAAUGUGGAAAUCAAGUCUGAUUUGGAGACUGUUCAAGUAACUGAACCCCCAAAGAGGAAAGCUGGGGUUAUUGUUUCCUCUGUGGAUGAACUAAUUGACAAACUGAAAAACGAAGCCCAUGCCAUUUAAUUGUUACUUAUCUUCAUUGAAAUUGCUCAAUGAAUCACUUUACAUGCUGAAGGGUUUCUUCUUUUACAGAUCCCUUUUAUUGCUCAAAUGUUAAUAUAAGGUGAUCCUUGUAAGGUUUUACCGGUUGACCCUAAUAAAGUUGUAUCCAUGGUUUUAAGGAUC